CUCUGAGGGGCUGUCUGGGCUCGCCUCGUAGUGAAUCAUGCGUGUGCACUUCCUGAAAAGAACGUUCUUGUUCGAAUAUCUCGGUUGUAACACCGCGGAGUUGACCAUUGCGGACAAGAGGUUCCCUGCAGCAGCGGAUGGAAGGCGCAGGGGCACCGAAGAGACACGUUCACCCCAGGCCCUGGAACCGUUCGGGAUGCCUGACUGUGUUCCUGCCCUGCCCCCCAGCCUGGCCGCUGUCAUGAGUGCUGAGCUCAGCGUGCCCGUGGACCCCUCCACUCCCGUCUGCUCAGAGCCGGCCCACAAGGGCAUGGAUUACCGGGACUGGGUGCGCCGCAGCUACCUGGAGCUGGUCACCUCCAACCACCACUCCGUGCAGGCCCUCUCCUGGAGGAAGCUCUACCUGAGCAGGGCCAAACUGAAAGCCUCCAGCCGAACGUCCGCCCUCCUCUCGGGCUUUGCCAUGGUGGCCAUGGUGGAGGUGCAGCUGGAGACGCAGUACCAGUACCCAAGGCCCCUGCUCAUCGCCUUCAGCGCCUGCACCACGGUGCUGGUGGCCGUGCACCUCUUUGCCCUGCUCAUCAGCACGUGCAUCCUGCCCAACGUGGAGGCCGUGAGCAACAUCCACAACCUCAACUCCAUCAGCGAGUCGCCGCACGAGCGCAUGCACCCCUACAUCGAGCUGGCCUGGGGCUUCUCCACUGUUCUCGGCAUCCUGCUCUUCCUGGCCGAGGUGGUGAUGCUCUGCUGGAUCAAGUUCCUGCCCGUGGACGCACGCCACCAGCCCGGCCCCGCACCUGGCCCCGGCAGCCACACGGGCUGGCACGCUGCCCUCGUGUCCACCAUCAUCAUGGUACCCGUGGGUCUCAUCUUCGUUGUCUUCACCCUCCACUUCUACCGCUCGUUGGUGCGCCACAAAACCGAGCGGCACAACCGAGAGAUCGAGGAGCUGCACAAGCUGAAGGUGCAGCUGGACGGGCACGAGCGUAGCCUGCAGGCUGUGUGAGGGCCGGGGCGGGGCCGGGGCGGGGGCGGGGGCUGGCAGGAGCAGCCUGCAGGUGAGGGCGUUUCAGAGAUGUAGACUGCCAUGAGGCUGCCUGGACACUGCCAGCUAGUUCAAGACCAAAGUUUUACUCCUGUCUUCAUGCUGUAAAAGCUGGAUCAUUUUUCCUCAGGAAGUGGGGAUCCUUAAACGGGAGACUCUGUUGCUAAGAGCUCAGGGCAGAGAAAGGCUGAGCGCUCAGCGCUGGGGAAUCCUGAGACAGGAGCCACAGAAGGGUCGCCCCGUGGCCAAGGGGCUGCGUGGCAGCUGGGUGGCACAUAUGGCAGUGCUGGCCUACUAUGGUCGGGUGGGGGCUGUGGUGAUCGGAUGGGCCCAGGACCACGCUGGGCCUGGUGCUUCCCUCCCCUGCCCUGGGGGCGCUGGGUGGUCCGGCUUGUGGGGAAGGCUGGCACCCGGGGUAUGUGUCAGCCCAGCAGGUGUGCUGGGUGCUCCAGGAGGUGGUAGACUUGUCAGGGCCUGGGGUAGACUCCCAAGGGUGGGGGUCUGGCAGGGUCGGGGAGGCACGUCUGGGAGCAGCCCCCUCGAGGAGGCUGUUAAUGGAGAGGUGCUCUGAAGCAUGCCAGGCUCAAAUUCUUUCUUCCCGGCCUGCCUGGAGCCCUGGCCAACUAACCCAGCAGGGUCACCAGGCUGGGAAGGGCCACAGUCCAGAGCCCUCCAACUCUUGGUCCCUGGAUGCUCUCUGAGCCUGAGUCAGCUGAUCGUCCGGGCGGUGGCCACGGAAGGCUAAGGGCACUUGCUCAGGUGGCCGCGCCUGCCGAUCCCCCUGCUGCCCCUGGUGCCAGGCAGCGGAAGGGGCAGCUUGGGGACUUCCUGCCUGUGGGUGGUGGCACCAGGGGCCAACCCUGGCCACAUGCAGGUCUCACUUAUGACAUGAAACAACUACAGAGAAGGCACACCCCUACACAGUGCCCCCCCCCCCGGGCCCCGGGCCCCUCAGCAGCACACCGGGGACCAGCUCACACGCUCGCUGCCUUCGCAGCAUGGGGGGCUGGUGUUCUCGCCACUGCUCUUCACAGGGGUGGGGCCACCUGAGCCCGUGUUCUCGACUGUUCAUAUGCGGCUGCAGCUCAGCUUCUGUGUGAGUGUGCUGCACCCUGAGCUGCUUUUAUUUUUCCCCAUUUUAUUUUAAUUUUAUUGUUCAAGUACAGUUUUCUGCCUCAUCCCUGCACCUCUCCCCCGCACCCAAGCCAUCCCCACCUCUCUCCCAAUUCCAGCCCCCCUU